AUGAACUCGACUACCUCAACGGCACCCAGCGACCACGCUCCGAUCGACCUUGACACCACCCUUGGGGCAGCGUUCUUCGGAUUUUGCGCUGGUGCCAUCUUGUUUGGAAUCACACUACGACAAGCGUACCAAUAUUAUACGACCAACCUUCAUGAUUCAAUACUGCGCAAGCUGAUUAUUGCCAUUGUCUGCUUGCUGGAUGCAUCACAUCUGGUCUUCUCAAUGUACAUGGUGUACUCCUUCAUCAUCCAGUUGUUAGGGUACUCUGAAGCUGAAGUGAAAGUACUUUGGAGCGUUAAGGCUCUCGCGACCACUCAGACAAUCCUGAUCGUUUUCGUACAAGGAUACUAUCUCUCACAAAUAUGGCGAUUGUCCGGGAACGUGCUGCUAGGAAGAAAGCUUGCUGUGGCUGCACAGGCUUUCGUGAUUUUCAUUGUCCUGCUUGCAAUUGUGGUUGCAAUAAUUUUCCUUAGCCAAUUACAAAAGGUCGCGGAUAUUCUUAGCUUCUCUGCUGGCUUCGAGUACGUGGUAUACCUCGGGUUCGGUACUACGGCUCUCAUCGACUGCGCCAUUGCGGCGGCCAUGUGUCUCUUGCUUCACAAGAGCAGCGCCGGUACCCUGAGGAGCGAGACGGUGCUAGAGAGCCUGAUUCAAUAUUUUAUCGGCACUGGGCUUUUGACGAGCUUCGCUGCGAUUAUGGUCAUUGUUUUGUACAUUGCUCGACCUCGCACACUGCUCUAUCUUGGGAUGGAAUUCUCGGUCACUCGGCUGUACGCAAACUCGAUACUGGCCAUGUUCAACGCGCGUCAACGCCUCCGCGGGCGGUUCGACGAGUCGAUUGAGAUCAAGCUGCCCAGCAACGUCUUCUUCGGCGAGCCCGACUCAAUGGCGCAAAGCCUCAUCGGCGCCCCGUUCUCACCUGGCUCGCCCACAAAAGUCGACAAGGUUCUCGCCGUUGCAUGCGUCAGAGUGUAUCUGUAA